AUGAGAGACUGCAGACACUUUGACUGUUUCAACCUAACCACCCCCGAAGCAAAGGCUGGGAACGCCAUUAGUACGGUUUGUGAAAAUCUGGAAGAAGACACUUCUCGACGCAACUGCUCGUUGUAUGCACUUAUAAUCGCUGAACAGCUCAGGAAGGUUGGAGAAUGCAUGUCGAAAACGGUCCCUAGUGAUACUGAGCAGAGAAUAGAAUGCUUGAAACUGUAUCGUCUUUUUUUAGUUCACCCAUUCCUGCGUGAAACAGUAACAGGCGCUUCAGCGGAAGAAUACAAGGAUGCGGAACGCUGGUUCAACGGCCUCGAAUUCUCGAGUGGACCCCCCGAUAUUCCGCUGAUUCCUGGGGGAGACUCGUUGAGCCAGGCGUUUGCAAGGCUGAACUGGAGCGCCGUCGGCACUGCAGAUAACCAACACAUUCGUUUAGUACACUUGUUGAAGAGCAGCAGCCUAGGCCUGCGAAGCACAAGAAAUGGAAUAAAAAGGGUCUGGAACAGAAUGAAAAGGAGACAGCCUACAAAGGCAGAUGCUGCCAGACCAGAAGCUGUAGAUCUCCUUACUCGAGGAUACGAGCUGUUCGUUAACAUCCCUCCGCACGCUGACCCCGUUGCAGUCCGGUUGACAACUACAAUGCUGGCUGACGGGGUGUCAUGCCCAGCAGGCAGCUCUUCUGGGAUUCCUGAAAAAAUUGUGUGGGGCAGGAGGAGGCCUGUCAAAACGGCGCAGGUUAUCGAAGCUGCCAUCUUGAUAGCUGUUGAAAGGCUCUUUGAUGCCAGCGACUGCGUCAGUUUCGAGAGAAAUGGUGACCAAGCGGACAUGACUUGCAGGCUACUUGAGAAGUACGAUCAGUACAUGCAAGCUGGAAGGCCUAAGGCGACGGAGAUUGGCUUCUCAGGGAGGCUCCAAAAUAUCAAAAGCCUUGACUUAAGCUCUUCUCCUGCCAGUGAUGAAGAAACUAACAGCAGCAGCACAGGCCCAUCGCCACCUGAAAUGAAAGCAGUUGAAAGGCCCAGUAGCUCACUUAAUGAGAAUGAGGGGAUGAGCGCUCUUCAGGAGCUUCAAAUGGUUUCACAGGAGCUUCGAGAGGAGCAGCCUGAACAACUAGCAGAAAUACCCCUGGAAGAAUCAACUGGGAGAACGGGCCGUAUACUCAUGUAUACUCAAAAUGCAGCUGCUUCGGCUGUUGCUAUUUCCCGAUUGAGCUUGAAGUCAAGCACUGUUACCAUGCGCAUAGUGACGUUAUGCUUGCGAAGCUCAUUUUUCACGCGGCAGGCCGUGCGACUUUUGUUGGCCUUCAUGGGUAGAGAGCUAGUCCCACAAGAAGGACUCUCAAUUUUUCUCCGGAAAACAAACAACGGGAAGCGUUACUUGGGAAUGUACCUGAAGGCACUUGUGGAGCUUAGCACAGGAAGCAAAAGCUUCGGCAAACUCUCAGCUGCAGUGGCUGGUACAGCAGCUGAUGAGGAAAGACGCGUUAUUCGCAAGCAAGAGCAACUCAGCGCGUCAUUCUUACAGGUUGCAGCUGAACCUGCAAACCAAGGAAAAACUACAUUGACCUUGACGGUCGCAACGGCAGUCUUGUUAACCCUUCUGUUUGUGGCGUUCAGUGCUACUUUUUCAUCUGUUGUGGUGGCCAUGGCUCUUCUUCUAGUUUUUCUCCUACUCGCAAAAAAUCUUGUGAACACGUUCAAUGCAUUGGGGUCAUAA